UCUUCUUCGCCUCUGUCAUUUCUCCAUGGCCGCUGUAACUGCUGCUACGGGAGAAUGGAGGAGGUCAGUCGGAGAUUGGGGAGUGGAGCGUACAGAUUUUCAACUAUCAGAAACGCACCGACCAAUUUCCUCCCCUGCGCCAAAGGUCAAGAAAACAGAACGAUGUCAGUAGCAGCAACCUCUAUAAUUGGAGCCAGAACCUGUAGAACGGGCCGGCGGAUUUACGAACGUCAGCAGGUGUCAACAAGGGACCGUCAGGCAAGUUCCGGGGAACCUGAAAGUGAAAACCUCAAAGAUAAUGCCCUUGAAUGUAUAGAGUUAGAGCACAGAGCUCAAAUACUUUUUAGCCUAAAACAUGAGAACAGACUGGGUUAUGGGACAUUACCUCAAGUUUGUUCAAGUUGUGAUUUACUUUUAUUAGACAUUGACGCUAAACCCUCAAUCAAAUUAGCAACUGUUCAGGAUAGUCCGCUCAGACAGUCAGCUUUGUACCUGUGGCCCAGUGUCCAGCCUCUGUCCCAGGAUAACCUACUUAUAUCAGCACACAGGAUGACUUGUUGGAAUAGCAGAGGUGUUGUCAUGGCCACCUUUCACCCUGAAACCUUUGGGUCACCUCAGCAGCUCCGAGGAUUCAGCACGGUCAUGCUCAACCUGGCAGAGCAGCAGUCAGGCCGGUUUAGACCUCACCCAGAGCACCUGUACUCCACCAGGGCUUACAGCUGGAGGAGUAAAAACAACACGUCAGACAUCCCGCCUCUUCACAGGAGCAGAACAGCCUACUAUGAGGUCCUCCAAGUGUCCCCGAGCGCCACCCAAUCCCAAAUAAAGACAGCCUACUACAAGCAGUCGUUCAUCUACCACCCAGACAAGAACCCCGACAACGAGGAGGCCACCCAGCGUUUCUCUGAGAUCAGCGAGGCCUAUAGCGUGCUGGGGAGCAUGGCCCUGAGGAGGAAGUACGACCGCGGCAUCCUCAGUGGGUCAGACGUCCAGGGGGCCGGCAGACCCUCGGAACGGGAGUCCACCUCCAGAGCCUCUGGCCCACAGCAGUAUCAACAACAGCAGAGGUCCCGGCGGUUCUCCAACGUUGGAGGGAAAGCCAUGUUUGACUUUGAUGCCUUCUUCCAGGCUCACUAUGGAGAGCAGCUGCUGAGGGAGAAGGAGCUGAGGGCCAGAAAGGCCCAUUACCAGCAGAAACAGCAGCAGGAUUAUAAGCAGUGGAAGCUGGGGAAGAUGUUGGAGAUGACUGUAGGGGUGCUGUUGGCCAUGGGAGGAGUCAUCUUCUUCAGUAUCACCAGGUCCUGACUGUAGGGGUGCUGUUGGCCAUGGGAGGAGUCAUCUUCUUCAGUAUCACCAGGUCCUGACUGUAGGGGUGCUGUUGGCCAUGGGAGGGGUCAUCUUCUUCACUAUCACCAGGUCCUGACUGUAGGGGUGCUGUUGGCCAUGGGAGGAGUCAUCUUCUUCACUAUCACCAGGUCCUGACUGUAGGGGUGCUGUUGGCCAUGGGAGGAGUCAUCUUCUUCAGUAUCACCAGGUCCUGACUGUAGGGGUGCUGUUGGCCAUGGGAGGAGUCAUCUUCUUCAGUAUCACCAGGUCCUGACUGUAGGGGUGCUGUUGGCCAUGGGAGGGGUCAUCUUCUUCACUAUCACCAGGUCCUGACUGUAGGGGUGCUGUUGGCCAUGGGAGGGGUCAUCUUCUUCAGUAUCACCAGGUCCUGACUGUAGGGGUGCUGUUGGCCAUGGGAGGAGUCAUCUUCUUCAGUAUCACCAGGUCCUGACUGUAGGGGUGCUGUUGGCCAUGGGAGGGGUCAUCUUCUUCAGUAUCACCAGGUCCUGACUGUAGGGGUGUUGUUGGCCAUGGGAGGAGUCAUCUUCUUCAGUAUCACCAGGUCCUGACUGUAGGGGUGCUGUUGGCCAUGGGAGGAGUCAUCUUCUUCAGUAUCACCAGGUCCUGACUGUAGGGGUGCUGUUGGCCAUGGGAGGAGUCAUCUUCUUCAGUAUCACCAGGUCCUGACUGUAGGGGUGCUGUUGGCCAUGGGAGGAGUCAUCUUCUUCAGUAUCACCAGGUCCUGACUGUAGGGGUGCUGUUGGCCAUGGGAGGAGUCAUCUUCUUCACUAUCACCAGGUCCUGACUGUAGGGGUGCUGUUGGCCAUGGGAGAGGUCAGGGGUCAUCUUCUUCAGUAUCACCAGGUCCUGACUAUAGGGGUGCUGUUGGCCAUGGGAGGAGUCAUCUUCACGAUGUUUCUCUCUCCCCUGGUUAUUUUCACAGCAAACCGCUGACAUUUAACAAGAACAGCAGAUACUGAUGUCAUUAAUGGGCCCUACUCUCCAGAGUGUCAUUAUCAGGACUGAUAGCAGGCUUUAACCUACUUCCUUCCUACACAGUUGAUUAUAGCCACACAUAUUGUACAUGGUCAAGCUAUUAUAAAAAGUCAAUCAAACCACCAUUUAUUGUUUAUGCAGUUGAAGUCGGAAGUUUACAUACACCUUAGCCAAGUACAUUUAAACUCAGAUUUUCACUA